AUGUUACUCCCUUCAACGCCCCUAUCCGUGGCUCUUGCUUUGUCGCUGUCGUGGCCAGUUUUCGCGGCGCCUCAAGUGAAAUCGUCGGCUGGGCAGGUGAUGAGUCUCAAACGAAGGUCGCCUUCCGACCGCACGAUAGAAGAGUGGGGUGUUUGGGCAAAAAAUCAUAAAGCAGGACUUGAAGCUAAAUAUGGUGCUGGGCAACCACAGAAGAGAAGUACUGGCACGAAUCUUAUCACAAAUCAGAACAGCGACUCGAGUUAUUUUGGUUCACUAGCUAUCGGUACACCAGCAGUAUCGUUUGACGUUAUCCUGGACACGGGUUCGGCUGACUUAUGGGUAGCUGGCUCCACAUGUCAAACUGGCUGCGAAAACGUCCCAACGUUCGACCCGACCGCUUCAACAAGUUUUCAGAACCAGUCGACCACUUUCAGCAUCACGUACGGCAGUGGUCAGGCUUCCGGUGCGCUCGCGAAGGACGUCGUCCAGAUGGCCGGGUUUUCAGUGACGAACCAAGUAUUCGCGGUUUGCGAUCAGAUAUCGUCGGGGCUCCUCAGUAAUCCUGUCUCGGGCCUCCUCGGCCUGGGAUUCCAAACGAUCGCGUCAUCGAAGGCGACACCUUUGUGGCAGACACUUGUUUCAAAUGGCGCGUGGACGGAUCCGGUGAUGGCGUUUUAUCUUACACGGUACAUUAACCAGAGUAACGCUGAUAGCUUGGAAUUUGGAGGCUCGUUCACGAUGGGUUUCACCAACACAAGUUUGUAUACCGGCGAAAUCGACUACAUCAGCCUCCCAACGACCGGCUCGUACUGGAUUUUGCCUUUGUCAACCCUGACCGUCCAAGGGACUCAAGUCAGCUUACCCUCUGGCUCGGCUUCAUAUGCUGCUAUAGAUACGGGAACAACACUCGUGGGCGGGCCCUCACAAUAUAUCGCUGAGAUCUUCGCUCAAAUUCCCGGUUCGGCACCUGGAACAGGAAAUUUCCAGAGCUAUUAUACAUAUCCGUGCUCGACCUCCGUCUCUGUCCAGUUAUCGUUUGGGGGGAAAAACUGGUCUAUCAGUCCACAAGAUUUCCAGCUUUCCCAGUUGACGAAGGAGCUAUGUCUUGGUGCAUUCUUUGAGCUGUCGACGGGAGGAUCGGCGCCUUCGUGGAUCGUUGGAGACACUUUCCUGAAAAACGUGUACUCUGUCUUCCGCUAUAACCCAGCUUCCGUUGGUUUCGCUCAGCUUUCUGAUUUUGCUUUGGCGAAUAGCGGGUCCACCACCGAGAGCGUUCCAUCCGCCACCAUCGGCAGCGCCGCUACAUCCGUUUCUGCGACAGGCAGGAGUCCUACACGUUCGACGAGCGAUACCAUCUCCGAUAUCAAGGUCUCGCGCACCUCUUUAGUCUCAAUAGCUUUCUUUUGGACGAUCAUGGCUAUUGCUGGCUUGCUAAUUUAG